GCAACGUCCUCUGAUGGGUGUGUCGGGCAGGAGGUGAUAUUUGAAGGGCUGCGGGCACGGGCUGUGGAGCCAGGGCGCCAGGCAGUGGGUGAGAGCAUGGCCUCCUUCGACCCACCUCCCACCAGCUACGCCCAGCCCGAAGUGCCCUCGGGGGUCGCGCUGUUCCUCACCAUCCCCUACGCCUUCUUCUUGCCCGAGCUGAUAUUUGGGUUCUGGGUCUGGAUCCUGGUGGCUGCCACCCAGGUAGCAGACCCACUGCUACAAGGAUGGGUGAUGUACGUCUCGCUCACCUCAUUCCUCAUCUCCCUGAUGUUCCUCUUGUCUUAUGUGUUCGGAUUUUACAAAAGAUUCGAGUCCUGGAAAAUCCUGGACAGCCUGUACCAUGGGACCACUGGCAUCCUGUACAUGAGUGCUGCCGUCUUACAAGUACAUGCCACGAUCAUGUCUGAGACCAAGGACCUGAAAAACUACUACAUAAACACUGCAGCCUCGCUCUUUGCCUUCAUCACCUCCCUGCUCUACAUCCUCCAUGCCUUCAGCAUCUAUUACCACUGAAGAAGCAGGGAGCUGGGCCGACGUGGGAAACGCUCUUUUAAAGCCUAGAGUAUCAGCUCCCAAAAGUGGGUUUCAACAUUUGCCAUCUGGCUGAUAAACAGAAGCUCAGCGAUGACAUCACUGGAUCAACAGACCAUCUUUUCAGAACGAGUGAUGAAAUCACAUGCUGGCAGAUCUGUUUGGACAUUUUAAUUCAUUGUGAUGAAUAUGAAAAAGCUGGGAGGAGGGCUUUGUUGUUUUGUUUUGUUUUGUUUUGUUUUGCCUGGGAAAGUAACUGUCUCUUGGAAUUAUCUGACAAUGAACCUCGCUCUUCUAGAAAACUAACAUCUAUAAGCCCUCACUACUGAAUGUUCCAGGUCUACCAUCAUCAGGCCUGUUUGGGGAUUCUGCCUCAGCAACGAGAUUCCCCACAGCAGGUCUAUGGGAACCUUCAUAAUUUUCUUAAGAAAUGGUGCUGUCAACGCCUUCAGAGCUGAAGACCCACAGACCUCGUUCCUGUCCCGUGGUCCUGUCCCUGCUUCUCAGCGGCGGUCCAAACCCGCUGCCCGACCCCCAUUCACAUCCCCUCCCCUUUCCUCCCCAGCUUUGGGAGCCAAGGGAAAUCUGUGUAAAAUCAGCUUUGAGGGUAGAUAAUAAGCGAUUGGCUCUACAAAAUUUUUACACAGCAAGACCUGGGGGAGGGGAGGAGGGGUGGGGGAGGGAAGGGUGUAACCCGCUUCUCUGUAACUGUAAGUCAGGCCGCUCUGCUCAGAGAACUGCAAGGCUGCAGGACGCCUGGGUCAGGCCUCCAGACCCCACCCCCUAAGGACUGGGAGUCACCCUAUCCCUCAGAAAAGACCAUCAAGGAAGCCGGCAGGACGUUACAUGCCAGGAUUCUCCUCUGGGCUCCUGUCACACGUGGGACAUCGAUGAGGCCAGAAAGGACCCAUCCCAGGGUUCCUACUGUUUCCCAUGCAUCCCCGAGUGGUCCAUCUGGGAGGGGCCUGGAACCACCCAGCCAGCCUCCUGCAGUGAAGGGCUCCCAGGGGCCAGGACAUGCAAAUGCAUUUGCACUUUGGGGCCAUUCUCAAAGAAAAGGCACAGAGAAAUGUAAAAUCGAGGUGCUGGAUUCCCAAGUAAAUGUUUUUCAAAAGUAGGCUGUGCCGUCUGGCGUUUCUGUCCCCGUGCUGGGGUUCCAGCUGCUUGGCCUCAAUCUCUAACGCUGAGUCAGGGCUCAGCCCCUUAACUGCAUGGGCCCGACGCCGUUUUGAAAUGAAAUAAAUUAUUAUGUGGAAGGGA